CUCGGCUCUAUCCUCUCUCGCUCUCUCUCUCUCCGUGCGGCGUCAAUCCCUCAAGUCGAGAGGGGACGGUGCCUUGCGAGUUGCCGAUCCGCGUCUCGCUCGAGCCCGAGUCUCAAGACCCAGUUGUCGGGAGAGUCCUGCCCCCGUGCCAAUGUGUGCCCGUCUACCUCCUCAACCUCAUCGUCAUCCUCCUCGUCAUCCUCCUCGUCCUCCUCAUCCGCGAGGCGAGAUUUAAGGGGCGCUGCUGCUGGAGUGCCGAGUGGCACGGGCUCGAGGGCUCGAGGCGGCAGUGGCUGAGUCGGUGUCGCGGCUCCGUGCUGACUCGGGGGGGGGGGGACUGCUGCUGCUCGAGUCGCGGCUCCAGCGCAAGCGUCGGGACCGGUGACAGCGGCUCGGGUCCAGGGCGAGAGACAGGGCGAGAGACAGGGCGAGAGACAGGGCGAGAGACAGGGCGAGAGACAGGGCGAGAGGCAGAGCGAGAGACAAGGCGAGAGACAAGGCGAGAGACAGGGCGAGAGACAGAGCUGGUGCCUAGUAGCAGGGCUGGUGGCUAGUUCUAGAUUUGAAGCUUUCGUGACUGCAAGUGGCUAGUGCCAGGGAUAGAUUCAAGGCUAGUACCAGGGCUGGUGCCAGGGCUAGUACCAGGGCUGGUGCCAGCGAGGUCUGCACACAGCUCUGACCCUGCGCACCGAGUCAUGAUGAGCUCCGCGGGGAACCGCUCGGCCGAGAGCGGUGACGACCACCACCGCAGCAGCAGCAGCAGCAGCCACCACCUCCUGCUGCAGGGCCAGCAGCAGCUGCUGGCGCUGCAGCAGGAGCUACUGCUGCUGGCGCUGCCCUCGGCGAACUCAUCCUCGGCUCACGACUUCCCUGCGACCGCCGCCGCUUCCAUCAACGGCCACCACAACCGCAGCCACCAGCAGCACCAUCAGCAGCACCAUCAUCAGCAGCAGGGCGACUACGACGACGCCGACUCGCGGUCCGCUAUGGCCAUCGCCGUGGUGCUGUCCGCGAUGUUCGUGGUGGGAGUGGCGGGCAACGUGUACACGCUGGCGCUCGUCACGAGGCACGCGAUCGCACCGCCGCGCUGCUGGAGACGUCUUCUCCGACUCCUCGCCUCUCGCGCGCCACCACCACCACCGCACCACCUUCACAACAACCACCACCACCAGCAGCAGCAGCAUCCUCCGCUGUACACGUCGAUGGUUCCAUCGCAGCAGCAGCAGCCACUGACGACGCCGACGCCGUCUUUGCGCCGACGUUCCGCGUCCUCCACCUCCUCCAUGUACGUGUACGUCCUCAACCUGGCGCUAGCCGACCUGCUGUACGUGGCCACGGCGCCCUUCGUGGCGUGCUCCAACGUGGCGCGCACGUGGCACUUCGGGGACGCGGGCUGCCGCCUGCUGCUGAGCGCAGACCUCCUGACGACGCACGCGAGCGCCUUCAUCCUCACGGCGAUGAGCGUGGAGCGCUACGCCGCGGUGCACCGCCCUCUGCGCUCGCUCGAGCGCGGCCGCACAGCGCGUCGCCUCGUGGCGCUGGCCGCGUGGCUGGGCGCCUUGGCGCUCGCCCUGCCCGGCAUGGUGAUGGUGCGCAUGGAGGAGGUGGCCGUGGUCGUGAGCGACGACGGCGCCGGCGGUGGCGACGGCUCGACCCGGAGCGUCACGAAGCGCGUGUGCGAGCCCACGUGGAGCGAGGAGGCGCACCGCGUCUACAUGAGCGCGCUCUUCGCCACGGGCAUCCUGGCUCCGGGCGUCAUCAUCGGCUGCGUCUACGCGAAGCUGGCGCGCACUUACUGGCGGUCGCAGACUGCGAUGGGCGGCUUCGGCCGGUGCAAGGUGGACGGCCGAGGCCGCUCGCCGCACUCGCCCCGGCACAAGGUGCUCUACCUCAUCCUGGCCAUCGUGCUCGCCUUCUGGGCCUGCUUCCUGCCCUUCUGGCUGUGGCAGCUGCUGCAGCUCUACCGGCCCCACGUGGCGCUCGCCUCGGUGCGCACCGCGCGCGCCGUCAACCACGCGGUCACGUGCCUCACGUACGGCAACAGCUGCGUGAACCCCUUCCUCUACACGCUGCUCACCAACAAGUACAAGGAGUACCUCGCCACGGGCACGCGGAGGAGGAGGUGGCACCGGCCGCGUGACGCCGCCGGCUGUGGCGCGGGAGGAGGAGGCCGAGUUAGGGGGGGCUCAGACUCGGCCGGGGGGGGGCCCUGGACGCGGAGAGACGCCGCGCUGCUGCCGCUGCGAUCGGCGUCCUCGAGCAGCCGCGCGGAGACCUCGCCGAGUCUCGGGGGGCGAGGAGGAGGUGGAGGCAAGGAGGAGGCGGAGGAGUUCGCGGUGGACGAGGACGAGUUCUGAGACGGCGCUGACGGGAGACGAGACGGGGGGCGGCUGUGGAUGACACGCGGAGACACGUGAAGACACGUGGAGACAACUGGAGGCAGAUGGAGACACGUGGGGACACGUGGGGACACGCGGAGACACGUGGAGACACGUGGGGACAGGUGGAGACACGUGGAGACACGGGAAGACACGUGGGGACACGUGGAGACAAUUGGAGAAACGUGGAGACUUGGAGACACGUGGAGACAACUGGAGGCAGAUGGAGACACGUGGAGACUUGGAGACACGGGGGAGACACGGGGAGACACGGGGAGACA